AUGCGAGGACUCUCCCCGAGGACAGGAGCUCCCACAUUUUCGGUCGUCGAGAUAGCUACUCAUGCGACGCUGAGCAUCCAUGUACCAAUGGAGCGUGCUGUGGUGCGAGCGGCUACUGUGGUUAUGGCCCGACCUACUGUGGUACCGGCUGCUUGUCGAACUGUGAUGCGACAGCUCAGUGUGGCCAGUAUGCUGCCACACCUGGUCAAGCAUGUCCCCUUAAUGUCUGCUGCAUGUGGUACUACUAAGGACUUUUGCGGGACCGGGUGUCAGAGCAACUGUGUCUUGGAUCCCGAGCCUCCAGCUGGUGCUGCUUCAGUAGGUAUUCUAGAUAAUAAAGUCAUUGGAUAUUAUGAAUCUUGGAUGGCUCGGAAAAGCUGCCAUAAAGUGACUCCCACCGACCUACCGUUGGAUGCGCUGACGCAUAUCAACUUUGCGUUUGCGUAUAUCGAUCCAGAAUCGUACCAGAUCGUGACAAUGGACAGUGAUACACCAUCCAGCUUGUUCCAGGACACAACGAAUGUAAAGUCAAUCAAGUCCGAUAUCAAGGUCUUUGUGAGUGUGGGCGGCUGGACCUUCUCCGAUAACAACACCGCGACACAGCCUGUCUACGGCGAGAUUGCGGCGGAUGCAACGAAGCGACAGAAAUUCGCAGACAACGUUGUCCACUUUCUGCAGCAGUACGGAUUUGACGGACUAGAUAUCGACUGGGAAUACCCAGGAGCUGGUGACCGAGGCGGUAGUCCUAAAGACACAGAGAACUAUGUUCUCCUUCUGAAGACCCUGCGCGAGACAUUCAACGCUAGCGGAAGCAAGUUCGGUCUUACUUUCACUGCCCCUUCCUCUUACUGGUAUUUGCGUUGGUUUGACCUUCCGAAUAUGAUCAAAUAUGCAGACUGGAUUAACUUAAUGACCUAUGAUCUUCACGGUGUAUGGGACUCGACAGAUCCUAUUGGAAGUAUUGUCCAGGCACAUACCAACCUCACGGAGAUUAAGCUCGCGGCAGAUCUAUUCUGGAGAGUGAAUAUUCCACCAGAAAAGAUUGUUAUGGGAUUUGGCUUUUACGGACGCUCGUUUACCUUGGCUGAUAAAUCGUGUACAAAGCCCGGAUGUCCGUUCAAGGGUGCGUCGAGUCCCGGCCCUUGCUCAAAUACAGGUGGUAUUCUGGCUUAUUACGAGAUUAUGGACGUUUUGAAUGACGCACGCACUUCGUCUAAACGGUCGACCACCAUCACAUAUGUCCAUGACAAGACAGAUGCGGUAAACUACUUCACAUUUGAUAAUGAUCAAUGGGUUUCUUAUGAUGAUGCAACGACCUUUGCACAGAAGGUCGCGUGGGCGAACGAGGUUGGCCUGGGAGGAGCCAUGAUCUGGGCUUCUGAUCUAGAUGACGAUAAAUACUCAGCUCACUCUGGCCUGAUCAACAAAACUAUUCUAACCAACCCUACCCUGCAGACUAUUGAUAAGGCUUUAUCCAACCCCAAAUCUGUCAUCGACGACCUGGCCAGCUUCAAUGGUCAGAACUGUUUUAAAUAUGAAGGGAGUUGUGUGAACCUUAACGAUAACAGCGCAAUGGCCAAUGCCUGUGGCAGCGGAUACACCGUGGUGGGCUGGGACGAUGCUGGAUGUGGCAAGAAGAAUUGUCACUGUGGAAAGCCAGUGUGCUGUCCAACAAGUAGCGCGCCCAAAAACUGCAUGUGGCGGGGUGAUAACACCGGUGAUGCCGGCGUAAGAUCUGAUUGCAGUGCGCAAUGUCAAGCAGGAGAGAUCAACAUCGCCGGCAUCAAGUCAUCCUGGGGCGGCGGCUUCACGAAUGACGGCAGCACGGAUAAGUGUGGUCGGGGAUAUAAAGUAUUUUGCUGUCCUGAUCCUGAGUAUAAUGAGGUUAUUGACGGAUGCGCUUAUGCUGAUUGUGGCAGCGAUUGCCCCAGUGGCAGCACGGAGAUGUUCGUCAAAGUCGACACCUGCUGGUCUAAGGGCCAGAAGUACUGUUGUUCGACUCCUGCUGAUCUUACUGACUGCCACUGGGUUGGUGGAAGCUCUGGAAAUGACUGUGCAAACGCCAAGUGCGCCUCCACAGAACUAGCCAUCGAUAGGGCGACGUACGGUGACUCAUUCUCGGCCUGCGACUGGGCAAGAGAGAGAGUCGCCUGUUGCACCGUGAAAAAGGCAGCUCGUGAGCCGGCGACUUGCGGGGUUGACCUGUGCGGGCUGUUUCCCGGCUGGUGUCCUGACGAUAGCAGCGAUGAAAGCUCUGUUUCAUACCGCAAACGAAGCGAUCUCAAUUCGUUCGAUAAAAGGGGAAAUUCACACACGUAUGAAGUUGCUGUGCGGAAUGUGGUCGUUAAGACCAUUGCAGCGGCCUACCCCAGUAUCGGAAGACUUUUCACGGUCGCCAAUGCCGGACAGAUUGCCCGCUGGGCCUUUCGUCUUAAUCAAGACUACUGCACCAGCAGCGCCAUGUCGGUGACGCCUCUUCCCGUUGGGAAUGUCGCCAAAGCUCUCUACUCUGGUUUGAACUCUGAGCAUAUUAUUGAUAGACAAGUCAUUAACUCCUUUAUCAAGGCUGCGCUAACCGGUUAUCUCGAGUCCGGAAAUUCUGCCGGACUCUUGCCCGUAUCGGAGACAUUCUGGACAACCGUGUGGCACGCUGCAAAUUCUGCUCUUGGGGCAAUGCCUCCUGUCGGGGGUGCGGACGGUGCCUCGCCCAAUACUCCUAACGCCCGAAUAAUGGAGGCCUUCGGUUCAACCAAAUUUCCUGCGCCUUUCCUGGCCACCGCCGCUGCUAUUAACGGUGCCAAGGGAAAAAUCAUGGGGCUUAAUGCUCCCUUCAGCAUUGCAACGAUCGAAAAAUUUGCCGCCGCGGCGGUAGAAGCCGAUAGUGACGAGGCAGUUAACAAAUUACUCACGCCCGUUCGAAUCCCUUUCGCCGUUUUCGAGUACUUCCGCGACUAUCGGGUCAUCAGACAAUGGAACAACGUGCUCCAGCAAGUUGGCCUACAAUGGGCGCAUGUCGAACAAGUGACUGGCGUGAACGAUCUGCAAAAAUGGUGGUGGGUCUGGGCGCCGGACUUCUUUCAGGUCGUCGAGAAAACGGCACAGGGCUGGACUACUGAAGCGAUCAGGGCGGCAGCUGGAGCUUACACAGAGGCUCGCACGGCAGGGCGCAAUCUCAAGACGAACGACGUGGUGGUUGCGGCCCUGAGCGAGUUCCAGAGCAAAGUCAGCAUGAUGAAAAUGCCCCCUAUAAACGCGGAUAAGACCACAAUUACGGAUUGA